ACUUACUGUUCUGAUUCAGACAAUGCACUGUAAUUUAUUUCCAAUUCAGUGUGACUGCAACAAGAGAAAACAUGGCUUACACUGUGGAAUGCCUGCGAGGUGAUGUGGAUAUCCUAAUGGAGUUCCUGCUCAAUGUCACCACAGCACCAGAAUUUCGUCGUUGGGAAGUAGCUGACCUGCAGUCUCAACUAAGGAUUGACAAAGCUGUGGCCUUUCAUAAUCCACAGGCUCGUGUCAUUGAAAAUUUGCAUUCUGCAGCUUACCGGAAUGCAUUGGCUAAUUCCUUGUAUUGUCCUGACUAUCGGAUUGGAAAAGUGACAUCAGAGGAGUUACACUACUUUGUUCAGAACCAUUUUACAAGUGCAAGAAUGGCAUUGAUUGGACUUG